UUCACGCGACUAUCGGACAUACUUCUUGUUGACGUCUCCUCGGAAACAGCCUCAACAUGCUGAACAAAUCACGUAAUGAAUAAUGAUCCACCGUGAAAACGUCACAUAUGCGAGCCUCGACGGACUAUUACAUACGCCAUUUCUCCGCACGAAUCAUGAUAUUGGUGCUCCAUAUCGCAUCUCGCGGUAGUGCUCAAGCCGCAGAAUGCGGCAUCGGAAGGAAGGAAGUGAGGAACGAACGCAUCGUGGGUGGUACACAAGCUGCUCCAGGCGAAUUUCCGUGGCAAGUGGCUGUGUUCAAACGCGGCCAUUUUGCCUGCGCCGCCUCGGUUAUCGACGAAGCCUGGGUCGUCACGGCUGCGCAUUGCGCGGAUUUAGAUCUCGGUUCGUACUAUCUUCUGUUUGGAAAAGAAGAACUGCUGCCAUUCGAGAAAACACAACAAAUGAGGGCUAUCAAUAAGAUUCGUAUCCAUCCGAAUUACAGCCUUAAAACCAUGGAAUACGAUGUCGCCUUGAUGAGGCUAUCGGAGCCUCUGAUUUUCACCGAUUACAUAGCACCCGUAUGUCUGCCAGAAGUCCACGAAGAUUACACCAAUUUGACAUGCACGGCGACUGGCUGGGGGUACAUGGAGAAAGAUAAAAGUCCCGCUCGCCUUCUGCAGAAAGUAGACCUUCCCAUUUGGAGUAACAAAGACUGUGCCGCCAUUCAUGAACAUUACAAGAAUGUAAGCGAUGCGACCCUUUGCGCCGGUUAUCGAGGUGGCGGACGAAGCAUUUGCUACGGCGACUCUGGAGGUCCUUUGGUGUGUCGAAGGACGAACGCCGGUUGGGUUCUCAUCGGAAUCAGUUCCUGGGUGGAUAUCUGCGCCGCACCCAACCAACCUGCGGUGUUUGUCCGAGUGACCUCUGUGGUGAACUGGGUUCUUUCUACGACACGUGAUCAUAAUUAAACAUAAACUCGGA